AGCUCAGUGUACCUCCGCCAUGGUCGGUCUGGUGUUGCUAUUGGCUGGCUCUCUCGAGCUCUUCCGCUUUUCCGCUAGUCUUUAAUAGGAACCGCUUUAAUACCGGACUGCACUGUAUUUUUUACUGCUAAACGUCCGAGAAUUUUAUAUACACUAAACCUUUUAAAACCUUCUGCGUCACAUCUGGGGAAAAAAAAGAGUUCAUCUUUCUUAGAGAGAUCAAAUGGGGCAUAUCAAGAAUUCAGUGUGUUCCUAGGGCUCUGGGAAUUGAUUUAUCAGACACCUUGUAUCAGAUGGAGCAGAGUAACUAUGGGAGGCGUAAAAGCAGGAUUCCAGCAUUUAUUCACAGUGCCUACACUCGACAUCUCACACAAGGAGCCAGUAACCGAUCAAGGUCAAUGCAUGGCCCGGACUGUAGAAACUUUGACAGAGACAGUGCUGCUAGCAAAAAAACUGUUACCAUGGCACCUACUUCUAGGUACAUGACAGGCAGGAGCUUGUAUACUGCCCGAAAGCCACUGAUCUCAACAGAGCACCACACUUCAAUUCUGAAGAAUCCUCUCACACAUGAGUACUCUAAAAGGGUUUACAUGAGCAAUUUCCAAGCAAAUUGUCAAAUGCAAGAUGAACGCUUGGAUUCUAACAUGUUGGAUAGCACAAGUGUUCCAAAGGUCAUUACUUCUUCUCUUUCAGCAUCCAGGGAAGACCUUUGUGCUUCCUUGAAUUUGUCAGAUCUCAGGCUAUGCUCUUCUCAUGAGGAACCUAUUUACAGCCCUGGUCCUUCAGCAAGCAAAGUUGAAAAUAGGAGCCUUUCUAGCUCCCCAUUAGAUGAUUUGAACCUUACAAUACCAAUAAGUCCUAUGUGGACUUCCACACAGAGGAUUUUGCCUCUUUCAUACACUGCUCAAGCUCGUACCUUCCAAAGAUCAAACACAAGAGCAUCCAAGCAAGAGAAAAAUUAUCUGCUUAACACUGACUUUUCACUGAGAAACAAGAGCUAUUAUCGGCCUAAACAAAUGUCCCAGUAUCAAUCCACUUACUGGGAUUGCGCUAUCCCCAGUACCUUACCACCUUCUCCAGACCGCAAGUCUCCCAGCUGGGACCCUGACAAGGAGUAUCAGACCCUCCUGGAUUAUACAUAUCCUCUAAGGCCCAACAUGACUUAUAACUGGAGUUCAAAUGAACACAAGUUGCAAACUGAUCAACCUUUACAAGACUCUGGCAUUGAAGUGGAUAGUUUUCUUAGCUCUUCUAGUCUUUCUUUUUUGGACAAGCCUGUUUCAGGAAUGAGGCAGGGUAGAUCUGGUCCAGCUUCUCGUCAACCAUUUGGAUUUCAGUGUCCAAAUCUGAUGAAGCUGGCACAGUCCAAGCCAUCAGACAUUAGAGUGUCUAGAAGCCUGAAUUCAUUAGAGCAGGUGGGUUUAUCAUUGGAAAGUCUGGAUUGUGAAGGAAAAUGCAACUCUCACUAUAAGAAAUUUUCCACAUCCAGGUCUACUCCAACAUUUAUCAGGUCCACAAGCAUCUUACCCAGUUUGAGGUCACUUGGCGAGUGGGAUGAGGAGUUUCUCCAGUUGCCUGAACAGCUACAUGAGAUUCAGGACCUUUCUCAGAAACUAAAAGACAUCACAGCACAAAUAAACCAGCCAGUCACCACCAACCAGGAGGUUCUGGAGCAGCAAAGUGUGUCUAUUAGAUCUUUAAUGCAAGCGGGAAAAAAGGCAGAUGAGGACUCUUAUUUGCAACAGUCUGCUAAAAAGGUUCCUCUUAUAGAGCAAAAGAAAAGACUGAAUACUAGAGUGCAGUUAACCAGAGAUAAUCUGGGGGACAUGGAAGCCACUGUGGAUCAGCUAAGAGAAAUGACUUUGUAUGAGUUUAAAAGGAAGACAGAGAUUGAUGAAGGUGUGGAAAGGACACAAGAGUCCCUGUUGCAGAACUUACAAAGUUUUUGCUCAAAUUUAGAAAAACUGAUUCAGUGGUUGCACAAGGUGGUGGAAAGGAUGGACAUGCUUUCACCUCCUUCAGGGAAUAUUGACAGUGUUAAAGCCUCUCUGGCUGACUAUAAGAGUUUUCAGGAGGAAGUCCAAGCCCACAAACCACUUACAACAUCUGUCCUCCAGACUGGAGAAUGCCUUUUGAGCUGCAUAAACUCAACAUCUCCCUUUCUGAAGGAUACACUGACAUUAAUAGAGAGGCAGUCUCAUGCUUUGGAGAGUCAUUCAGAGCACCUCUUCUCCUCGAUCCUAUCCACCAUGGACUGUCUAACCGAUCCAAACUUGUGGAAUAACACAGAAGAGACAUCAUUCAGCAGUCGGGAUCAGUAGAAUUCAAUGUGCCUGUGUCUUUCAGGACUUUUAUGUGCAGGUGCUACUGCAUGAGUUGUGUAAAAAAAAAGUUCUGCCAUAAUUACAUUUAUGGUCAUGUUUUGUGUUACCCUUUAAAACAUUUACUUUGAAGCACUGUUGUUAUAUUUUAAAGAAUAAUUGUAUUGUAUGUCAACUGUUACCACAGACGCACUUUGUUUUUGCACAUCAUCUGAUUCAUAUAUGUUCAGUUACAUGUACUGUAUAUAUUCUUAUGUUACAAAAAGUCAGUGUAUGUCAUUAUAGUAUUAUUUUACUUUAUGUAACAGUUAAGUGCUCUUCUGUCCUGGUACACAGCAGGAUCUCAGGUUAUUAGGGCUAUUCAUUAAGUUUUAAUAAGAGGCCUCCUCAAUAGCAGGCCUGCAGCUUUAGUUUCUGCCUCGGCUGAGAGCACACUGUUGUCCAGGCUGCACAGUGUGUGCCUUUUUAAUGUUAUGUAUGGUUUUACAUCUCACCCUAAAGAGACCGCAGUAGGAUUUCCAGACACCCCAUGUUCAAGUAAAGAAAGUAGUUUUUGGAUUAAUUAAGAUUAGUCUCAGUUGCAGUUUUUCUAUCACAAAGAAUAAUAAACUUUGCACAACCAUUA